UUUCUUAGCUUAUUAGCUUAGCUUCGCCGCGAGCUGUGAAAGCCACCGUGUUCUAUUUCUUUUUUGGCACCAAAUUUUUUGAAAUCACCAAUUAGGGUUUCCUCGAACUUCUCCCCCAAAAAAGCUCUGAAAUUUUAGGGUUUAUUGACCCACACAUUAAUUCGAUUCUCUUCACCUGCCUCGAUCGAUUUCCACCGUGUAAGCAGUCAGUCUCUCACAUGACGACCGAAACCAAAGAGGAGAAGAUACCCGAAGCGGUGGAAGCGGAAGAUGGUGUUGUUGUUGCUGCUAAGGAGACGGAGAACAAAGAAGAUGCUCCUGCAAGUGAUGAAGACGGAGACAGCGAGGAGGAGGAGGAGGCUGUCACAGGGACGCCCGUUACUGAGAGGCCUAAGAGGAUAAUAAAGAAAGUAGAGCCUCACAUUUUGCUUACUCCCUCUCGUUCGAGGAGCAAGCCCGUCUCUGUUCAGCAGGGUCGUGGAACACAGCUUAAGGAGAUUCCAAAUGUGGCUUAUAAACUAUCCAAGAGGAAACCUGACGACAACCUUUUCUUGCUUCACACUAUUCUUUACGCCAAGAAAGGAAAGGUUCAGACGCUGAAAAAAAACAUUGGUCAAUUUUCGGGGUUUGUCUGGUCGGAGCAAGAGGAGGAGAAGCAAAGAGCAAAAACAAAGGAGAAGAUUGACAAGUGUGUUAAAGACAAGUUAAUUGAUUUCUGUGAUGUGCUUGACAUACCCAUUAACAAAAGUAAUGUGAAAAAGGAAGAACUAGUCGUAAGCGUGCUUGAUUUUUUGGUAUGUCCCAAGGCAACAAGGGAUGUUGUACUUGCUGAUCCUGAAAAGGAAACUAAAAAACGGAAGAAGAGCACAGCCAAAGACGUGACUUCUGGGGAAUCGUCAGAUGUCCCAGCCAAGAGGAGAAGGCAGACAAAGGAAUCUGGAAAGAAGCAAGACCAGCCAUCUAAUGACUCUCAUGGAGAAGAUGAUGCAGCUCCGGAGAAAAGCGAAGAUACUGAAACUGAAGAUGAGAAAGAUAAAGCUGAGGAGAAGAGGUCAACCAAUAAGAAAAACUUGUCAAGAAGAAGUAAGAAGGAGAAACCAGCAGCUGAAGAGGAGAAAUCUCUUAAAGGGUCUGCAAAAUCUGGUGGAAAGUCCUCUAAAAAAGUUGAUAAAUCAACUUCAUCUUCAAGCAAGAAGCAAAAGGUUGAUAAAGACGAUUCCUCUAAAGAGAAAGGCAAGAAACAGACAAGUAAACCACAGGCAAAGGUGUCCAAAGAUCAAGGAAAAGCUAGUAAGAAAGGUACUAAUAAAAGAGAACCCACCAGAAAAGAAAUGCACGUAGUGGUUGCCAAAAUUCUGAAAGAAGUGGAUUUCAAUACGGCAACUUUAUCUGAUAUUCUGCGGAAGCUUGGGAGCCAUUUUGGAGUUGAUCUUAUGCAUAGAAAAUCAGAGGUGAAGGAUAUCAUCACUGAUGCCAUUGACGAAAUGAGUGUUGAUGAUGAAAGAGAGGAAAACACAGAGGAUGAAGGUUGAGAAAAAAAAAUGAAAGGAUUAGUUGUCUUUCUUCUCAUUUCUGCAUAUCCCAUAUGAAAAUUAAGAGAAAAAGGUGACAGGGUUUAACUUAAUCCUCAUGUGUGUAAUCAUAGGGUUGAUUUACAAAAUGGGAUUUGUUUGUACUAUGUUGUAUUUGUAAUCAGUUAGGCUCAUGUUGUUUUAGGUUCUUCCUUCAGCUCGUGUAGCUGUUCAGUUUCUAACUUAUUAUUUACAACUGAAUGAUUGGAUAUUUUGUGGAUUUGAUUUAAUUGGGAUGUUUGUAAGAAUUUUAAAAUUUCUUUC